GACCUAAAGUAAAGGGGGGUUAGGUAGGUAAGCCCAGUAAGUGUGAUUUAUUGAUUCAGCUUGAACGGGGGAGGUGCAAGCAAGCAAAGCAAGCAGAGCAACGAAAACAUUUUCAGGAUUCCGAGGUAUUCCCUGUUGAGAAACCAGAUUUUCAGCUUGAUUAGUGAGUGUUUUUAUUUGUCCCCAAGAGGGGAGAUCAUAAGGUUGAUGCCGCCGAGAGUGGCGUUUUCUGGAGAUUUUUAAAGCUGUCAUGGCCCGUAUUGGAAUUUCUUCUUCCUGGGGUUUUUGUUGUCUCUUCUCUAUCUUGAAGGCUGGGGGGCCCCCCUGGCUCGGAUCUUCCGAAGAGGAAGCCAUGUGAGCUCGUUGGAUCCAUCUGGGGAAAUACAAGCAUACCACUUUCCCUGUAAGAUUAGUUUCCCAGGUUUCCAUUGUUUAUUUAACCCGUCUUGGUACCAAAUGGGCAGAGGAAAAGAAGAAUCCUUCAAUUCUUCGAAAUGUUUUUCUGCUCUAGUCAAGCUAUCUCCUUGUGCUCUAGAAUGUUUCCAGUGCCACAGAGUCAACGCCAGCGGGGUCUGCGAGUCUACAGGAGGCACCUGCCAGACCAAGGAGAACCAGCAGUGCUUUCUGAGGAAGAUCUACGAAGGUGGCAAGCUUUCCUACGGACACCAGGGUUGUAGCCAACUAUGUAUUCCCAUGAAGCUCUUUAAUUUCGAUAUUACUGUGGAAUAUAAAUGCUGUCAAGACUCGCCUCUCUGCAACAAGUUCUAAAGACAGGGCCCCCAGCUUUUGCCCUAAUCUGUUGGAUGAAGCUAAUUUAGGAAUCCCUAAAUUGCAAGCCUCCAAGCCACUGCAGCCUCCAAGACUCUCUGAUCUGAAUGUGGAUCCCCUGUGAGAAGCAAUCUCAGAUUUGAUCUAUCUUCAGACUCCUUUUCCUUCACUGCGAAAAGCCCCAAGGAUGUAGUCUUUGAAACCAAAUUGGGAUGAAGAUUAGUGGGCAUAGCUAUGUACAAGGGUACUUUCUCCCUUUUCAGGUCCUAAUUGGCAGUCACAUUGAUUGGCUUCUUAAAAAGGCAGUGUCUGGGGAAAGCUGAAUUUAUGAUUCUGCAUGUUCUGGAGACAGGAACUGAAGGAGGAGGGGGAGUCUUCCAAGGCUGAAAAAAGUAGAAGUGUGAGGGGCUCCAUAAAUGAUGGGUUAGUUCAGUGGGCUAGGUGGUGUAACAAAUCUCUUAAGUAUCAGUGGCUUAAAAAAAAAUGGAGUCGCUUAUGUCAAAGGGAUCUAAGAUGGAGCUGGGAGGCAUUAAGGAAAUGAAACUUACACACAUCCACUGCUAAACCCACCAUAACCUUUGAACCCAGCCAUCCUGAGACCACCUAGAACUUUUCUUCUUUUCUCCUUAGAGAGCACAGCUUAGCAACCAAUCUGCUGCCAGCAAGUGACUGAAUGCCCGCCAGCACCAAUCAUAGUUCUGUAAUAAUAACUUUGUUUCUACUCUAGAAUGUCUCUGUUGCCUUUAUAAUCCCCCACUAUUGUCUAUUGCCCCACCUGGAGCACUUUUGAGUUGCCAUUCAAAUGGUUGCCUCCCAAAAUGCAAUUCUUAGGACUCUCAAUAAACUCUUUUUCUUA